AAUUCUUAAUCUCUCUUCCCUUUUCUUCCUCGCCCUUCGUCCUCGGCGUUCUCACCAUCCCAACAAACACGGGUGCAACACUCUCCAAGCGCCGCGUUCGAAGCCACCGAAGAAGAAGAAAGGAGAGAGGGGAAGAAAAAGGAGCCUCUUUUAUAGCUCGAGAAAAGGAAUAAAAAGGGCAGAGAGAGAUAGAGAAAGGAAGGAAGAAAGAAAGAAAGAAAGAAAACCCUCGUAGAGGAGGAGGGGGGAAGGGGGGGAGGGCUUCGAUGAGCGUAGAACCCAAUGCAAGUUCGGGCUUUGAUUUCUAAGAGGAAGAGGAGCGGGGAAAGAUGGAAGCUAAAGGAAGGUGAUGAGAAGUAGAAGAAUAGGGGAAGGAAGGAGGAGAAAAAUAACAUAGGAAGGGGAAGCUUUUCUUCCAUGCCCUUUUCCCUUCAAGAUUCAAGAAACGGAAAGAGAGGAAGGAGAGGAUGAUGGAGGACUGCUGUUAUUUCAAUAAGGAUAGUCUCAUCAUAAAGCCUCCCAAGAAAUAUCCUCUGGUAUUAUGGAUGGCUGUGUUGGCCUUGGUAAUGAUCAGUGGCGUUUAUAUAUGCGUACUAUGUUUAAAACAAAGGGGGAUCCCCGCAACCUCCAAUGUAAUUAAGGUCAGAUUUAAAGAACUACAACCCUGUCCUCAUCCUGGCAUUCCACAAUCCGAGGUUCCUUAUGUGCACUAUCCAGAACCCACUACUUAUAGUAGGAAUGAGUGUGCGUGCACACCAGUUCGGUUCUUUGCAAUUUUGUCGAUGCAGAGGUCUGGAAGUGGGUGGUUUGAGACCUUGUUGAAUAGCCAUGUUAAUGUUAGCUCUAAUGGUGAGAUCUUCUCUGUCAAAGAAAGACGGAAUAAUAUUUCUUCUAUCAUGCACACAUUAGAUAAAGUUUACAAUCUGGACUGGUAUAGUAGUGCUUCUAAAAAUGAAUGCACAGCUGCUGUUGGCUUCAAAUGGAUGCUUAAUCAGGGUCUCAUGCAGCACCAUGAUGAAAUAGUCAAAUACUUCAAGCGGAGGGGGGUCUCUGCAAUAUUCCUCUUUCGAAGAAACCUACUUCGCCGCAUGGUUUCAGUACUCGCAAAUACGCAUGACCGGGAUGCCAAGCAACUAAAUGGGACCCAUAAAGCUCAUGUGCAUUCCAAGGAUGAGGCUGAUGUACUUGCAAGAUAUAAGCCCACGAUCAAUACGACUUUAUUGGUUGCCAAACUAGAGCAGAUGCACAAAUGUGGUGCUGAUGCUCUGGAGUACUUCAAGACCACUCGCCACAUUGCUCUCUACUAUGAAGAUCUUGUGAACAAACGAAAUAAGGUGAAGGAUGUUCUGAAGUUCCUUAGAUUGCCAAAAAGGAAGCUUUCCAGCCGUCAUGUAAAGAUCCACACAAGACCAUUGUCUGAUCAGGUUGAAAACUGGGAUGCUGUCUAUAAUACUCUGAAGGGAACGGAGUAUGAGAGCUUCUUGCAUGCUGACUAUCAAAUGUAGCAAGAAAUUAGCAGCUCACAAUGGUGGUUGUAAAUAACUUGCCACUGAUUCUUUUUCCCCAUUCGAGCCGCGGUCUCACUGGAGAAAUUUUGAUCAUUUUUAUGCUAACAGAUUUCCUGCAUGGGUUUCUAAAGAUGUGUUUUGUUUCCCAUCUUGUAAAACAUUGUAAUUCAUAUUCGAGCUGAUGAAUGCAAAUUGGUAGCGAAAUUUGUGUC